CGCUGUUUCGCCGAGCGGGAUAGGUGCUUUGAGAUUUGUGGAAGGCACGUAGCUUCCAUCAGAGAGGUGUUGUACGCCCUCCCCAACCCAUGCAUCGCCCGUGCACAGAAUUUUCUUCGGAUAAGAGACUGUUGGUGGAAUGAGAGGAAAGAGAAGCUGAGGUGCCAAUGGGACCGGUAGCAGAUAUAUUCAGUGCCCUCCGGACGCCGUUCGGUCGGCCCUCAUCCCUGCAUCUGCAAGUGCUGUGAAACUACAAGAGUCCGAGGUUAUAGUAAUAGGUAACCACCCAAGUGUCAAGCUCUGUCAUAUAGACGCCUAGUUGUUCAUCGCUGAUCAUUGUCAUGGCGGCAAACCUAGCACAGCUGUUGAUGCGCGAGCUGAUGGCUCCUCGAGCAUGGUUUCUGCUUCUCCUCCCUCUCUCCCUAUUGCUCGUAGGCUACCCAUUAUUCAGCGCAAAGAGGGCGAGGAAGAGGCAGCAGGAGACAGACGGAAAUCACCUACCGCCUUCGCCUCCGGCGCUGCCCGUCCUCGGCCACCUCCACCUCGUCGGCUUCCGCUUCCCGCACGUCACUCUCCGCAGCAUCGCCGAGAAGCACGGCGGGGACCUCAUGUUGCUGCGCCUAGGCGCCAUGCCGGCGCUCAUCGUGUCGUCGCCCCGCGCCGCCGAGGCGGUGCUACGUACGCAUGACCGCGUGUUCGCGUCGCGGCCGCCCUCUCUGGUCGCCGAUGUCCUCAUGCACGGCCGGAACGACAUUGGCUUCGCGCCGUAUGGGGAGCACUGGCGGCAGGCGAGGAAGCUCGUCACCACACACCUUCUCACCGUCAAAAAGGUGCAAUCGUUCCGUCACGCCCGUCAAGAAGAGGUGAGCGCGGUGGUCGCUUGUAUCGGUGAGGCGGCCGCCGCCGGCGCGCCAGUCGACGUCCACGAGCUUGUCGGCUCGUUCACAAAUGACCUCGCGUGUCGCGCUGUCAUAGGCAAGUCGUUCCGGAGCGAGGACCAGAACAGGCUGUUCCAGGGGGUGGUCGCCGACGCAUCAGCCCUCCUAGGAGGGUUCACUGUCGACGAGUUCUUCCCGUUCCUCACAUGCUUCGGCAUCCUCAGCAAGGUGGUCCGCGCCAAGUCCGACAGAUUGAGGAAGAGGUGGGAUGAGCUGCUGGACAGGCUGAUCGAUGACCUUGAGAGCAAAUACAAGCCCAUGGCGGUGGCGGCGGUAGCAGAGGCGGCGAGCCAUGUGAAGAAGGACGAGGAUGACAACUUCAUAAAUACCUUGCUCUCUGUUCGACAGGAGUACGGCUACACCAGAGGGCAGAUGAAAGCUAUCCUGCUUGACGUGUUUUUCGGGAUGGGCACAGCAGCUUCGGUCCUCGACUACACCGUGAUCCAGCUCCUUCAGAAUCCACGCGUGAUGACCAAGCUACAAGCCGAGGUGAGGAGCUGCGUGCUGCAGCAGGGGCAGGGAGAAGAAACCGUCAGCGAGGACGACCUGAACCGCAUGCCCUACCUGAGAGCCGUCAUCAACGAGUCGCUCCGGCUACACCCCGCGACACCGCUCCUCACGCCGCACUUCUCCAUGGCCACCUGCGUCAUCGACGGGCUCGUCGUCCCCGCGGAGGUGCGCGUCCUCGUCAACCUCUGGGCCAUCGGCAGGGACGCGCGCUUCUGGGGCGAGGACGCGGAGGAGUUCGUCCCGGAGAGGUUUCUCGACGGCGGCGGCGCGGCGCAUGUGAGCUACUGGGGCAACGACUUCCAGUUCCUGCCGUUCGGCGCCGGGCGCCGGCAGUGCCCCGGGAUCAACUUCGGCAUGGCCCAGGUCGAGGUGAUGCUGGCCAACCUCGUGCACCGCUUCGACUGGGAGCUGCCGCCGGGGAAGGUGGCCCGAGACAUCGACAUGUCCGAGGACUUGGGCCUCGUGGUGAAGCGCAAACACAAGCUCCUCUUGCUUCCCAAAUUGUGCGUGUAGCUCCGAUAUGAUAUAUCAUCUCCGUUUUCGAAUAUUUAUUUAUCGUCUGCUAUUUUAUUUUUGAAUUAAAAUACGACAAAUAAAAAAGAACGGAGGAGUGUUAGUGUA